CAAGGAAACUCCUAGAUCCAUUAAGAAAAGUUGCGUGCUGUCCUAGGUGUGUGUUAAAAAAGGAAAAAACAAGUAGGUUUCAGAAACGAGGUCGACAAGUAUCGACGGCGACUUCUCUUCCGGAAACAAGUUGCAACUGAUCGGCUUAUAUAAAAAUAUCGUCCAAGAUUUUGUCAAGCUGGCGGCAAUUAGCUUCCGUACACAACACUUCCACUUGCUUCAAAAUAAGAGAGAAUUAUUGGUGGCCCUUCUGAUUUUUUUCAACUAUCUUUUAAUUUCUCGCAACGCACCGGACAGAUGACAGGGUAUCAACUAUCUGAAGGCGAUCUAGAACAUAUCUUACCGAAGUACAUAUGCAAGCAUUGCCACUUAAUGUUGCGUGACCCAGUGCAAACGCCAUGCGCACACUUUUAUUGUCGAGGCUGUUUCGAACAUUUGAAGAGGGACGCGGUUUUCAAGUGUAAAGUUGAUGAUGAAGAGUUCAACGCUGCUCAGGUCUUUCCAGAUGGAUGUGUCAAGAAGGAGAUCCAAAGUCUUAUGGUGCAUUGCUUGCAUAUCGUCCACGGAUGUGAGUGGGAGGGUAAGAUAACUAACCUAGAGGGACAUUUGGCCAAUUGCGACUACGAAGAGAUAAACUGCAUCUACGAGGACAAAUGUAAAACGAAGCUGCUGAAAAAAGAUCUGGCACAACAUCUGGAAAAGGAAUGCAGUCAAAGAAAGGCAGAGUGUGAACACUGUCUCCAAGAACUACCUUUCUCUGAUUUAGAGGAUCAUUACAAGAACGCUUGCCAGUCUUUUCCAGUGAAGUGCAUCUUGUGUAACAAGGAUAUUCCUCGAGGAAAUAUCAAUGCACACCGUGAUCCAGAGAAUGGAGACUGUGAGGGAUCCAAAGCAUUAUGUCCUUUUCGCUUUUUAGGAUGCGAAACCACAGAGGAGAUGAAACGUAGCGAAAGACGCCAGCAUGACGAGAAUUUGGUGGUCUUUCAUCUCGGCCUCCUCGUCCCCUUUAUACUCAGAAUAAGAGACCAGCUUGGAUUCUUUGUUAACGAGAUAAAACCUCUGAGGGAGGGAGUGGCUGUAAUGGGCCGACUGAAGUCCACAGUCUCUCAGCUUGUAUCCCAGGUAACAGCAGUUGUACGAGAGAAUGGGGCCAUUCAAGAUGAGCUUCAUGAUUUAAGAUCUCGUUUGAUGCACGUGGAGGAUAUAUUGGUGGAACCCGAUUCAGUACCCACAGGCCAAGGACAGCACGGUUCCCUUACCGCUCAGUAUCAACAGAUAACUAACGUGUUAGAUGACGUUAAGAGGGCGAUCAGCAACAUGCAAGGACAGUUUGCAAAUCACGAACUUCUACUCGCAGAAGCAAAUCAAACCAUACACGACCAAAACAACGAAAUUGUCUGGCUCAAAAGACAAGACGAGAGGAACAGAGAACUUUUGAGGCGACUGCAGGCAAAAGUAGAUUCUAUGGAAGAAGCUACGAGAACGAGGAACAUGCCGCCAGUGGCUGGUUUACAAAUCAACAGAGACCAAGAACCGUACAGUUUCGAUGGCGUACUUCUUUGGAGAAUUUCAAAUGUCUCUGCCAAGAUAUAUGACUCCUUUAACGAACCAGAGAAGUCCUAUUACAGCCCUCCGUUCUACACAAGUCGUCAAGGCUACAAGAUGUGCGCACGCAUCUAUUUGAAUGGAGACGGGACAGGCAAGGGGACGCACAUUUCGCUGUUUUUCGUGCUGAUGCGCGGCGAAUACGAUGCGCUCCUCCGCUGGCCAUUUCGACAGAAGGUCACCUUCAUGAUGUUGGAUCAGAAUAACGUGGAACACGUGAUUGACGCGUUCAGACCUGAUCCGAACAGUUCGUCAUUCCAUAGGCCACGAAGAGAAACAAACAUCGCCAGCGGUUGUCCCUUGUUCUUUCCGCUGACGGAAUUGAACAAGCAUGCUUAUAUCAAGGAUGAAGUAAUGUUCGUGAAAGUUAUAGUGGACUGCUCUGACUUGUAAAAGGUAUCCUCAUUUUUUUUUUCAAAAUGUUAAGUGAAAUUUCCUUGUUACUUGUGAUUUUUCGAUGAAAAUAGUUCCUUGCUUAAAUUAAAAAUUAGAUUAAAAAAAAGAAAUAAAAAAUGUAAAAAAAAUAGAUGAAUUAAUGUAAACAAAAAUUUGAGCAUUUCACUUUUUCAAGUUGUUUUUGGUAGUCUUGGAUGAUCUAGUGAUGGAGGAAAACAAAUCUUCUGUAGAUAGAUGUUAGCAAUCCUAAAGGCAUCGAAUCACGUUUUAUUUUCGUUAUAUCUACCGCUAGUUGUGAUGUUGGCCGUGAAAGCCGUCUCACUCUUUACACGAUUAAAGAUAGUUACUAUAAA